AUGGACGCCAAGCGUUUAGAUCGCCGAUAUGGCGAGGAGGCGUAUGAUCAUGCUGGGGAGGGCACGCCUCUGGUUGACUCCUCUCGAAAGCGAUCUCUGCGCUGGAAAAGCACCUUGCAGUCAUUACUAUCAUCACUGAAAGUACGACUGGCGUUGUUUUCCAUGUCGCUGCUGUUACUUAUUCUGUUAGUCCGUUUACUAAUCCCUAUACCAAAUGCUGUCAUAUUCAGCAACGAUUGCAGCAGCGGUAGGAAAGGCUACCAGUGCUAUCCUGAGACUUCCCACUUCUGGGGCCAGUAUUCGCCCUUCUUCUCCCUAGAGAGAGAAUCUCGAAUUAGUAACGCCGUCCCUCCAAACUGUAAGAUCACAUUUGUGCAGACUAUCUCGCGACAUGGCGCCAGAUAUCCGACCACUCACAAGGGGGAGAAGUAUGCAGAGCUUAUUGGGAGGAUUCAUCAGACAGCGACUGCGUAUAAAGGCGCCUUUUCCGUCUUGAAGGAUUACAAUAUCAACCUAGGAUCUAAUGACUUGACCACAUAUGGCCAGCAACAGAUGGUCGAGUCUGGGAGAAAGUUUUAUGACCGUUACAAAUACCUUGCAAGAGAUACUGUCCCGUUUGUCCGUGCAGCAGGCUCGGAUCGUGUUGUUGCGUCUGGAGAGUUUUUCAACAAAGGGUUUCAAGCUGCGAAGGACUUGGAUUCGAGAUCGAAUAAGACUCAACAGUCGCCUAUCGUCAAUGUAGUCAUACCGGAGGGAAGAGAGUGGAACAACACUCUAGAUGCGGGCACCUGUCCCUUAUUCAAAGGUAGUUCGGCCCAGGCAGCGCAAAAGGAAUUCCUCAACGUUUUUGCGCCAUCUAUCCUCAAAAAAAUCAAGAAAGGGCUUCCUGGGGCAAAGCUGAAGAAAAAAGACGUUCCUCGUCUUAUGGAUCUCUGUCCUUUUGAAACUGUCGCACAAAACAACACAAAUAAGCUGUCCACUCUAUGCAAAUUGUUUACUAGAUCCGAAUGGCAGUCUUACGACUACUACAACACUCUUGGCAAAUACUAUGGAUAUGGAGACGGCAAUCAUUUGGGCCCGACGCAGGGAGUCGGGUUUGUAAAUGAGGUUAUUGCUCGCAUGAUGCAGUCUCCAGUCAGUGAUUAUACCAGCGUCAACCAUACAUUAGAUUCCGACCCGGCCACAUUCCCUCUCAACGCGGUGCUAUACGCCGACUUCAGCCACGACAACACCAUAACAUCCAUCUACUACGCAUUCGGCUUGUACAAUUACACCACCAAACUACCGACGAAUCAAGCGCAGUCUGUCGCCAAGACACACGGCUACUCGUCAUCCUGGACAGUGCCCUUUGGCUCACGGGCAUAUAUUGAGAUGAUGCAAUGCAGCAAUCCGUGGCAAGAUAGCACCAACGGCGAGCCUCUUGUGCGAAUGCUUGUGAAUGACCGCGUUGUGCCGCUGGGCGGAUGCAAAGUCGACUCUUUAGGUAGAUGUCGACGAAACGACUGGAUCAAGGGGUUGGAGUUUGCGCGAAAUGGUGGCAAUUGGGGUAGCUGCUAG